AUGAACGGGGAUCUCAGCCUGUCCCAGGCCCUAGGAGGGCUUCGGAUAGCCAAUCCAGAUGAUUCGCCUCUCUCACCGGAGAAUGCGACCGCUGGUUCAACAGGCUCCAGCCCAUUCGGAUUGCCGGACGGUUCGGUAUCAACACAACACAAUCCCGCAUAUGACGAACACCCCUCUACUUUUCCUCCUGCACCCAUCGAAGUCCCUGUGGCAGACGAUCGCCAGACUUCAUACCCUCAAACCUCCCCCGAGAUACCACCACUGCCAUCAGGACCAUACCAGCCGUACUCGGCUCCGGCUCUCUCAUCACCUCCGAAUCCCAACCGGCCCCUUUCCUCCGUAUACGUGAAUGGCUCGGCAACAUCGGUCCUUCCCCGUGAUAAUAGUUAUCGCAUUCGAACCGAUUCCGGUGCUUCAUCCACAUCCGUGUCUCAGGCGCGGUUAGACGCACGAGGAGGAUCGUCGGCAUUACAUGCCGGUGUUUUGGCGCGCGACAACUCCCACAGCGACCGAUCUUACCGGACCACGCAGAUCCCGGGGAACGGCCCGGCAGUGAUGCGACAGUCAUCUCGAACACAAGCAAGAGCUGGCGGCGCGUCUCAGAUGCCGCGAACGUCUUAUAUGGCAGAAAACGGCCCAAUGGCCAGUAGUGAGGAAUGGAAAGAGCGUGGCGCGGCAGUCUCUGUGAGACAGGAGGUAGAUGCCAACGGCCAAACUGUCUCUCGUUAUAUCAAGAAGGGUGUCCGAGACUUUUCGUUUGGGAAUACCCUCGGUGAAGGCUCUUACAGUACGGUCGUCUUUGCAACGGACCGACAGACUUUGAAGGAAUACGCGAUUAAGAUCCUUGACAAACGACACAUUAUCAAGGAGAGAAAAGUUAAAUACGUGAACAUUGAGAAGGAUACACUCAACCGCCUGACCGACCACCCGGGUAUUGUGCGGUUAUAUUACACCUUCCAGGAUGAGCAGUCACUAUAUUUCGUGCUGGACUUGUGCAAGGGAGGAGAAUUGCUCGGUGUUCUCAAACGGAUGACCACAUUUGACGAAGAGUGUACAAGAUUCUACGGCGCCCAGAUUCUUGACACGAUAGACUAUAUGCACAAGCGCGGUGUCAUCCACCGAGACCUGAAGCCCGAAAAUGUGUUACUUGACAGCGGGAUGUAUGUCAAGAUCACUGAUUUCGGAACGGCAAAGAUUCUCAAGACUCCACGAAUUGAUCCCAGUUCAAAUGGCAUUCUGCCUCUUGACUCGGCCGAGCUUACACAGGAAGAGCGGGCAAGUUCUUUCGUCGGCACUGCAGAGUAUGUCAGCCCCGAGCUGUUGACAGACAAAAAUGCAUGCAAAGCCAGUGACCUUUGGGCUUUUGGCUGCAUCAUAUACCAGCUCUUGGCCGGUCGUCCACCGUUCAAGGCUGGAAACGAGUACCAGACUUUCCAGAAAAUUGUGGCACUCGACUACGAGUUCCCAAUUGGAUUUCCUACCGUGGCGCGUGAUCUCGUCGAACGUCUUCUCGUUCUAGAUCCUGCUCGGCGUCUUCAGAUCGAACACAUCAAAAACCAUGAAUUCUUUGAAGGCAUCACAUGGGGUCCAGAUCUAUGGAAGCAGAAGGCACCCCGGUUGAAGGCCUAUGUACCCCCUGCACGCGACCCCAUCAAGCUCAAUGACAGUAACAACGGGGAGAGUCUGCCUCCAGUCAUCUCCACUGCCCCUUCGAACGCACCAAGUGCCAGUUCCCGCCACCUUCCUCGGGUGGUGACGGAGCUACCCCCUCCGGAGUCAGCUCGAUAUCGAAUGGUCGCCGGUACUGAGCAAAUCCAACGAGCGGAUCUUGAAGUUGGCCCGACCUCCAAGAACAGCAGUGGUGAGAUUGAGGCACCCAGGAAGUUCUCUCGUUUCUUCUCAGGAAGCACCACAAAGAAACGACAGCGGUUGGUUAUGGUCACAUCAUCGGGACGCGUCAUUCUAGCCGCAUCGGGUGGUGAUGAUAAGAAGAUCAAGCUUGAGAUUUCCCUGCUUGCUCCGGGGACAAGUUAUAGAAGUACGACGGAUUCUAAAGGAAUUUCAUCCUGGAUUGUGGACACGAGAGAUAAACAUUACGUCUUCGAGGAUCCCAAGCCAUCAUCAAGCAACAUCGGCGCUACAGCAGUCCAGGUACAAGAAUGGCUAGACGCAUUGGACAGGUCCCGGGAGAUGGCAUCACAGCAACAAAGCGCAGGCUACUCUGAUGAUGCAUUCCGCGACCUUUCCUCUGGCUUCCCUAGUCCCGCCAACACACUAGACCGCACCUCCGACAUGCAGAAAGACGAUAGAGGCCCACCAUCAUCGGGUCGGAAUCACCUGGUGAAACAGCAGACCACCGACACCGAGUCAACGAAAGGAAGGAAACGAUUCAGCAAGCGUCAUUCGAAGAAUGGGCUCGCUGCGGUGUUCUAA